AUGGCUUUUGUAAAGUAUCUUUUUUAUAUUUUUCUCUUAUAUACUACAAUUUCGUUAUCAUUAACAACCAAACAACGUCCACUAGUAUUUGUUCUAUGUUUAAAAGGUUUUCGAUGGGAUUUACCAUAUGCCUAUUCACAUUUACCCAAUAUUCGUCGUCUUGCAACAACAGGUUCAAGAGCACUAUGGGUUGAAUCAGAAUUUGGUGGUAGUCAAACAAAUAUUCUUAGUCUUAUGUCAGGUCUUCAUGUUAAACAUCAUGCACGAAAUGAUUUUAUUGAAACAAUUCCUGUUCUUAAUGAACAUGUUGGUGGUCAUACACGUCUCUUUCAUUGGCCAUGGUUUGAUCGUCGAAAAAAUCAUUCAAACUAUGAACAUUUACGUUCAGGACGUAAAAGACAACCAGAAAUAAUUGAAUCAUAUUUAAAUCAUGGUCGAAUGCCUUUACAACGUCUUUUAAAAUAUUUAACACCAAUGUUAAAUAGUUUAAUUAAUGAUACUGAUCGAACUAAUCUUAUCAUGAGUUUUAUUGAUGAACCAUUUACAACAUUAUUACAUCAUGGAAUAAAUUCUAAUAGUAUGCGUCGAACAAUGCUUAAUAUUGAUCGACUUAUUGGACGUUUAUUAUCAAUAACAAUAAAAAAUAAUAUUAAUUUAAUUAUUCUUGGUGAUCAUGGUAUGGAACAAAUUGAUUGUCGUCAAGCAAUAAAUUUAUAUUAUUUAUUUAAUCAACAACAAUUAAAUCUUUAUACAGAUCGAUAUAGUGGUACUAGUUUUAGUUUUGUAUUUUAUCCAAAAACAGAUUUAACUCAUCAAGCAAUACUUAAUCAAUUAAAGAAUUUACCUGAUGAUCAAAUAGAAAUCUAUUCGAAUGAUUAUAAUCAUAUACCACCAAAACUUCAAUUACCAAUUACAGAUGACAAACCAUCACCAAUUAUUAUAUUUGCGAAAGAAAAAUAUUAUUUUUCUUAUAAUAAAGAACAAAAUUCAGCAUAUUGUCAGAAAGAUAAUAAUAAUAACUGUCAACCAUCAAAGUUAGCAGAUCAUAGUGAUGAUCCUCGUCAUCUUUCAAUGCGUACAGCAUUUCUUGCUCAUGGACCAUUAUUUAAAAAAGGAUAUAUCAAUGAACCAGUUCUCAUUACUGAUGUAUAUAUAUUAUUAAGACAAAUGCUUUGUCUUUCACCAUUUUCUCUACCCACAAAUAAUUUAGUUCAUAUAGGUAACAUGCUUGAUUUAACAUCACUUUCAAAUACAUGUACUCAUUUAUAUUUAUCAAGUAUUAAUAUGAUUAAAUCAGUUUCAAUAAAACCAAUUAAUCAAAAUUUUAUAUAUGAUAACGACCCAGAUAUUUUAUUUCCAUAUUGUUUAACUAUUACAAAUAAUACUUAUGGUUUUUGUCAAAAGAUAAAUCUAUGUCGUGAAAAAAUUGAACCAUGUUAUCCAGUUGUUAUGAAAUGUCAAAAAGAUUCUUGUCAUUAUCGACAUUUUAGUUUAAAUCAUAAUCAACGUUUGACUUUUGCACGUUGGUUUUAUGAUUCUAAUCUUAAACAUUGUCGUCAGAGUACUAAUCAAACAGAAAAUUUUGUUUAUUUUCGUUUUCAACGUGAUUGUAAACGAUUAUGUCUUGUUAAUCAACAGAAUCAAACAGAAGAAAUUAGUAAAUUUUAUUCAUCAUAUUUUCAAAAAACACGAAUGUCAUUUUCUUGUUUAGAAUUUCUUCUUGUAACAAAUAACAUUACGAAUUAUAAUAAUACAGUUUAUGUUAAACUUAAUAUUGAUCUUACUGAAGAUUGGAUUGAGAAUCUGAGUGAUUUAAUGAAUAUAAGUACAGAUAUUUAUCAUUCACAAGUUCAUUAUUUUCAAAAUUAUCGACGUCGUUUUACAAAUUUUCGUGAUUCAUAUAAUCAAUUAAUGCCAACUGGUUAA